AUGUUCGCCUCGUCUCUUCGCUCUGUGUGUCGUAAUGGCCCCGUGGCGGCCCGCAAAUUCAGCUCCACUGCCGCUACGAGCGCUGCCGAGGUUAAAUCGCUGGGUGUGAUCGGUGCCGGGCAGAUGGGUCUGGGAAUUGCACUUGUUGCUGCACAGAAGGCCCAGGUUCCUGUAACUUUGGUUGACACCUCUCAAGCUUCCUUAGAUAAGGGCCUCAAGUUUGCCGACAAGCUACUGGAGAAGGAUGUUUCUAAGCAGCGUAUUACUCGUGAAGCCGCUGAUGCGGCCCGCGCUCUCCUCACGCCGACCUUGAAGAUGGACGACCUCUCCUCGGUGGACUUUGUCAUUGAGGCAAUUCCCGAGAUCCCUGAUCUCAAGCAAGCCAUUUUCAAGAACCUUGCCCAGAUUGCUCCCAAACAUGCUAUUCUAGCCACCAACACAUCGUCCAUCUCCAUUACUAAGAUCGCCGCUGCCACCACUACCGAUCCGACUAACCUACAGGCCCCAUCCCGCGUCAUUUCGACCCACUUCAUGAACCCGGUUCCUAUCCAGAAGGGCGUGGAGAUCAUUCGUGGCCUGCAAACCUCGCAGGAAACUAUGGAUACCGCGAUUGCCUUUGUCCAGCGCAUGGGCAAGGUGGCCUCCGUGUCGGCCGACUCUCCCGGCUUCCUGGCCAAUCGUAUCCUCAUGCCUUACAUCAAUGAAGCUGUGAUCUGUCUGGAAACUGGAGUUGGUAGCCGUGAAGGUAUUGACAACAUCAUGAAGAACGGUACCAACGUCCCUAUGGGGCCCCUGACCUUGGCGGAUUUCAUCGGUCUUGAUACCUGUCUGGCUAUUAUGAACGUUCUUCAUCAGGAGACCGGCGAUAGCAAGUACAGGCCUUCCGGUCUUCUUCGUCGGAUGGUUGAUGCAGGCUGGAUGGGUAAGAAGUCAGGCAAAGGCUUCUACGAUUACUGA